AAAAAAAAGGCAACCGAACGUAGUGAUUCCAGCGCCCCGCCGUCCCCACGGCUCCGCCUUCCCCUCAAGGAGCCGCAGUCACGUGGCCGCGAGGUCAUCUGACCGCACCGGAAAUUGCCUCCCUCUAGCUCCCGGCGCCAUGAGGUUCCGGUUCUGUGGGGACCUGGACUGUCCUGACUGGGUCCUGGCGGAGAUCAGCACACUGGCCAAGAUAUCUUCUGUGAAGCUGAGGCUGCUGUGUAGCCAGGUGCUGAAGGAGCUUCUGGGACAGGGAAUUGAUUAUGAAAAGAUCCUGAAGCUCACAGCGGACGCCAAGUUUGAGUCUGGUGAUGUGAAGGCCACAGUGGCAGUGCUGAGCUUUAUCCUGUCCAGUGCAGCCAAGCACAGCGUAGACGGCGAGUCCCUGUCCAGUGAGCUACAGCAGCUGGGGCUACCCAAAGAGCAUGCAGCCAGCCUGUGCCGCUGCUACGAGGAGAAACAGGGUGCCCUGCAGGAGACCCUGCGUGCCUGUAGCCUACGAGUGAACAUGCUGGCAAGUGUGGGCUGGCGGGUGGACUACACCCUGCGCUCCAGCCUGCUGCGCUCUGUGGAGGAGCCCCUGGUGCACCUGAGGCUAGAGGUGGCAGUGGCCCCUGGUGCCCCAACCCAGCCUGUGGCCAUGACCCUGUCAGCAGACAAGUUACAGGUCCUCUUAGCAGAGCUGAAACAGGCUCAGGCCCUGAUGAAUGCCUUGGGCUGAGGAGGAGGAGGAAUUCAGCUGCCCUUCUGUAUCAAGCUGCUGUCCCUUGACUUCAGGGGUCACCUCAUUUGUGGGUGUGGAGGGCCUGGCCAAAGUCUUCUGAAUCCACUCCCUGGCUUUCCACUCUCGAGUUAGCAUGGGCUCCUGAGGACCUUUCCUGCAUUCCCUCCCUCCCCUCAAAAGGCAGGAAGAAUAAAGAGCAUAAAGGAGUGUGUGGGGUCACUUUCUGUUUUCUGU